UGUUCGUGAGUGGAGCAGGACUUUCCAAGCUCCCCGGAUUUUUGCCAACCUACGAAAGGCGAAUCCCGCCUUCGUACGUAAAUAUUUGUGUUUGCGAAACUCGCGUUCCGAGUUCCCAGUUCCCAGUUUCGACUUCAAAGUUUGAGAGUGUGAGUGCGUAUAAAAAACUACGAGUGCGUUAAAAAGUUCACACACAAAUUGCAUUAUUUCCGCGCUGCGAUAUAUUGGCGCGUUUUUCAUGCUUUCGCAUAUUUUUUUUUCGUCCUCGAUUCUUGUGUGCUCUCUUCUGCUGUUAAGCGAGUGCGCAGGUCGCCGGAGUUGGCAAUUGAAUUUCACAGUAAUUUCCUGGCCACGACUGGCAUACGCUUCAGAUAAUCACUCGUCGGCCUGCGAAUCGGACGUGUUUUGGCCACGGAACAGACAAGAUAUAUUAUAUUAAGGCGGGCGUUCGGUACCCGUUUGUUCAUUCAUAAAGCCGUGUCCUUUUACGCGAAUGCCACAACAAUCUCGCAUCCUGGAGGACAACGACAUCUCUCGUGUGUGAGUGCAAGUGCUCUUGUGUGUAUUUUUGUGCCGACCGGAAAUACUCGACCAAGGUGAUAGAGAAACACACACAAAAUAAUUGCAAAGGACAACCAAUUUAGCUGAUGUCCAUUCAGUUUGAAAGGAAGCGAAGGCAGCACAUCUAAUGCAUUUCGUCCGGGAUAAAGUUUAUACCAUUAGGGCGGCAUGAGGCUAAAGAACAACAACAACUACAAGAACAACAAGAAGAAGUGCAAUCGCGGUGCAUCAACACCACAAAUUAACCCACCGGUGGUGCCGACGACAACCAUUUAAAGUGGCGGAAAUGACACAGUCAAAAUGUAUCGCUGCAAAAAUUGGUUUUGUGCGCGCAGCAACAACAACAACUACGUCGAUGUGGCACUAAGCGAGGCGCCACCCAUCCAUCCCAGUGCAGCAGCAACAACCACACCGAAUAGCCGCAACUUUAGCGCCAGCAACAAUAAUAACGUGCGAAGCAACAGCAGCAAAAGUAAUCAGCAAACAUCGGCACAUAGAGGCGCCACCACCCAACCCACCCAAAUCCCCCACACCCAACACUCGAGCACCACCCACUCGACCGAUGAGGCUUCUCCACCACAGGCCCACGUGGUUACCUUUCUGGACGAAUCCACAGCAGGCGGGAGCAACGGUGCCGUGACCAGCAGCCGCCUGGUCACCACCGCCGAACUGCACCAGGCCCAUAUGCUGGAGCACCACUCGAAUCUGGACGCCAUCGAGCAGGCGGACGACUUCAUCUACGGUCCUGGCGCAGGACUUUCGCUGUGCGACGACAGCCUGCCAUCGGCCAAAAACUGCUAUCGACUGGUCAUGCUCGGCUCAUCACGCGCCGGCAAGUCAUCGAUUGUGGCACGUUUCCUGGGCAAUCGGUUCGAGGAGGCCUACACGCCGACCAUCGAGGAGUUCCACCGCAAAUUGUAUCGCAUACGGAAUGAGGUCUUUCAAUUGGAUAUUUUGGAUACUUCUGGCUAUCAUCCGUUUCCCGCAAUGCGACGUUUAUCAUUUCUAACUGGGGAUCUCUUCAUCCUCGUCUUCAGCAUGGAUUCCCGCGAGUCCUUCGAGGAGGUGGUGCGCCUGCGGGAGAACAUCCUCGAGACCAAGUGGGCUGCACUUAAUCCCGGCUCCGGGUUCAAGAAGAAGAGUCUUCCAAAGAUACCCAUGAUAUUGGCGGGAAAUAAAUGUGAUCGAGACUUUAAAACUGUUCAGGUGGACGAGGUGAUGGGCUACAUUGCUGGCCAGGACAACUGCUGCACCUUUGUGGAGUGCUCGGCUCGUCAGAACUACCGCAUCGAUGACCUAUUCCACUCGCUGUUCACGGUCUCCAAUCUGCCGCUGGAGAUGACCCCGAAUCACCAUCGUCGAUUGGUCUCCGUCUUCGGGGCGCCCUCGCCACUCCCACCUCAUGGAUCUGCGGUGGGCGGGACCAAGAAGAACGCCCUGUCCAUCAAGAGGAGAUUCAGCGAUGCCUGCGGUGUGGUGACCCCGAACGCGAGGAGACCCAGCAUCCGCACCGAUCUCAAUCUGAUGAGAUCCAAGACGAUGGCACUGAAUGAGGGCGAGGGUGUGAGGAGUCCUUCGCGUUGGAACCGCUGCGCCCUGAUGUAGAAAACCUGGGCAGUGUGAUAGUAGUGAUGAGCGGAUCCAUCAGGGAUAUCAGGCGAAAUUGCGGUUGAUGGAGCAGAAACUAAUUAUAAACGCAGCGAUUGGGUGAUUUCGAUAAUAUAGUGUAAAUACUCGAUUAGUCAGGUAGUGGCAAGUUGAAACUAUUUAUUAAUUAUGCAUUUAGCACUUUCUCGCCAACUACGGACAAAAGACAAAAGCCGCGCAAAUUGUAUUUUAUUGCAUAAUUAAAAUCUGAAGGGAUACUUGCAUUGACUGCCCCUCACCUCUGCUUGACCAAUUGUCCAAACUGAAUAAUCCUACGCACUUGAUGCUCAGUUUUUCCUCUUUAGUUUUGCAUUCAUUUUCCCAUUUUAAUUGCAUUUGUAAUUCUGAUCGUUGUAAUUGCACAUUUACUUGACGCACACACAAAAAAACCAAAACGCAGAGGACAAUAAUGUUAAAACGUAUUCGGAAUUGCGGGAUUCGUAAUUGUUAUUCAAUUUUAAUUUAUAGAUUUAGCCAAUUGAAUUUACAUGAAUUUAUAUUGAACUAAUUUAAUGUUAUCGUUGAUUGUUGAAGAUACCAAUUUGAAAAUUUGACCGUCAGUAGGUCGUCCUGUUAUGACACAUACUCAACUCAACUAUCAGCCCACGAAAACCUUUCGAAAGAUUGCAUAUCAGCCAAAACUGGAACAGAAAUACACCGAAUCAAAACUAUUGAAGGGAAUCUUGACCAAACUUGAUACCAACUAACUCUACUGUAACACUUGUACACCGAUCUAAGCGAAUCUAAGCCCAACUAUGGUUAACUAUAUUGCAAAAUGAAAAACUAUAAGCAAACACACUUCUAGCGUUAAACCGAAUUUAUCAGAUCUGUUCUCGGCUCGGUUUUUGGUCCCUUAGGGCGGAUAUCUAAUCGAGAACAGCUCCGUAAGUUUAGAAAAUUCGAGUUUCAAUCUAACCUAAGCAACAGCAACAAUUUUCGCGAGUUUAACAUUUAUAAAGUAUUAUCAAUAAUGGAAAUAAAACAUAUGCGUUUCAUCGCCAAAUGAAACCAAGACCAAAUGAUUAUUCUAGCUAUACCAAUAACAUAAACGCUAAUAUAAAAAGGUAUUACCUAAAAAGUUAUUACAAAUUCAAGCAUAAAUAUUUUAGGCAAUUAUCGUUAAUGUAAAAACAAAAAAACGAAGUGCAAAUAUUUACAAAAAUUCGCGUUGGGCCAAAGUGCACAAAUAGAAAUAUUAAUUGAACUAAGGAUAGUACCCGAAAUUCGGGCGAAUGUUCUCCAAAAAUUAUAAUGAUUUACGAUUAACCAUGGAAGCUAACUUUUUAAUGCUUUGGAUUUGCAUUAUUUAUUUACAUAUUAUGUAUAUUGUAAACAAUUGAAUUACGAUUAAAUAAAAUUUAAAACAGA